CCACCGCCUCAGAGCGGACGCCCGAGUGGGCGGCGCGUGCGGGCCUCGCGCCGGGGUUGCGGCUGGGUCGUGGGGACGCCCUGGCAAGACAGCGGGCGGGCGCUGGCUGCUGCGGCUGACGGAGGCGCAGGGAGGGCCUCCGUGGCCUCCAAAAGAUGAGUCGUGGAUACUCAGAAAACAACAAUUUCCUGAACAAUAACAACCAAAUGGUAUUGGACAUGAUCCUUUAUCCAUUAAUUGGGAUCCCUCAGACCAUCAACUGGGAAAGCAUUGCAAGACUUGUGCCUGGACUAACACCCAAAGAGUGUGCAAAAAGGUUUGAUGAGCUGAAGAGCAGUGGAAGCUCACCUGUGGACAAUCAGUACAAUCCCCUAAUGGCUGCGGGUGAGAGUCCGGUUGAAACUUUAGCCACAUACAUCAAAUCUUCACUUCUUGACACACAGGGAGAUUUUCAGGGGACUCCGGUUGGUCAGGAUGCAGUUUCCAAAACAGGAAGACAUAGUAUAGCUUCCACAAGGAAUUGUUCUUCAGAAAGUGAAAAUUGUACUACUCAUAAUGGUGGAGAAAAGACUGAAGAAUCUGAAGGGCCAAACAUGGUGAUUCAUGUAUGUGAUGAAGGAAAAAACUUGAAAGAAGAUUUUAUUUGCCCACGAGAUCUUUUGAUAUCAGAAAUGAAGUACUUUGCUGAAUAUUUAUCUAUGGAUGCCCAGCGCUGGGAAGAGGUGGACAUUUCAGUUCAUUGUGACGUUCACAUUUUCAACUGGUUGAUAAAAUAUGUUAAAAGAAACACUAAGGAGAAUAAAGAUUGUGAGACACCCACUUUAGAACCUGGAAAUGUCAUUUCAAUUCUUAUUUCUUCAGAGUUUUUGAAAAUGGAUUCACUAGUAGAACAGUGUAUUCAGUACUGCCACAAAAAUAUGAAUGCCAUAGUAGCUACUCCAUGCAACAUGAACUGUAUUAAUGCAAAUCUUCUUACACGAAUAGCUGAUCUUUUCACACAUAAUGAAGUUGAUGAUUUAAAAGACAAAAAGGAUAAGUUUAGGAGUAAACUUUUUUGUAAGAAGAUUGAGAGGCUGUUUGAUCCUGAGUACUUGAAUCCAGAUUCUCGGAGUAAUGCCGCAACACUGUAUAGAUGCUGUUUGUGUAAGAAACUUUUAACAAAAGAAACAGAAAGAAAGAUUGCUUGCAUUCCUGGAAAAAUCAAUGUGGAUCGACACGGAAAUAUCAUCUAUAUUCAUAUAAGAGAUAAGACUUGGGAUGUUCACGAGUACUUGAAUAGUCUUUUUGAAGAAUUAAAGUCCUGGAGAGAUGUAUAUUGGAGAUUAUGGGGAACCAUCAACUGGCUGACUUGUUCCAGAUGUUUUCAGGCUUUUCUCUGCAUUGAAUUUUCACAUUGCCAGUACCACUCAGAGACGGUGGUUUACCCUGCUGCAGCAGGCUCCCUGAGUGCUGCUGGCACUGGAAUUUAUCCCUGCUGCAACCAGAAAGUCCUUCGCUUUGACCCUACCCAGCUUACCAAGGGCUGUAAAGUGAGAGACCACAUGGUAGCUCUUCAUGAGCAAGGUGAAGGAGGGGAUCUGCCGUCUUGUCCGGCUGCUAGGACCCUGGAUGAUCUACAGAAGCACAAAGAUGUCAUUGUUGUGCCUUUUUCUAAAGAUACAGUUAGUGAUGCUAUGGUUGGUUCCUGCGAUGAAAAUGGUCUAGAGUGUGAUAUUUUACUGGAGCCACAUACACCAUGGGGCCCCAAAACUGGGGAACUCAAUGCUUUCUUGUCUCUGAAAAACUGGACUCUGCAACUAAAACAACAGUCAUUAUUUUCAGAAGAAGAAGAAUAUACCACUGGAUCUGAAGUCACUGAAGAUGAAGUUGGUGAUGAGGAAGAAGUAUCCAAGAAACAAAGGAAAAAGGAAAGGCCAAAGAAGUUCACAAAACAGCCGAAAAAGCAGAUGUCCUCACCCUGUGCUCCAAAGAAGGAAAAGCCGUCGGAGAAGUCAGCUUCUAGAGAUGUGUCUCCUUUCAUUGUGAGUAUGCAGAAGAAUAAGUGGGAUGCCACAAGAUCUUUGAGAUUCAACCAGGAUGCACAAAGAGAAGAUGAUCAGCGGCGGAUGUCUGAAAUUACAGGGCAUCUAAUAAAAAUGAGAUUGGGUGAUUUGGACCGAGUCAAGUCAAAAGAAGCAAAAGAAUUUGCAGGAGGUAUUUAUUCCAGGCUGGAAGCACAGAUCAAAGCCUCAGUGCCAGUCAGUGCACGACAGAGCAGCUCGGAGAAAAACACAAGGUCCAAAAGUCGUUUCGGUCAAGGGCGUCCUGGAUGAAGUAACUUCACAUACAGAGACAGAGGUGCCUCUGGACAUCUGAAAUGGCGUACUCCUUGAAGACCUUCAGAAUGAUGACUUCUAGAUGUGUUAUUUAUUAAUUAUUCUUACAAGGCACAUAAUCAUAAUGCUGAAAAUGCAGAUAGUUAGGUUUUAUGAAAAAUCUAACUGUAAAUACAAAACCUCUUAAAUCUAAUUUUUAGUAUGAUUCUAGGCUAUGUAGAAAAUGAUUAUUUACAAAUUUUGCAUAGUUAAAAUUCCUAAUAUUUGUUACUCUUUAUUUGAAAGAAAAGUUUAAAUUGUUACAUUGCUAGGUUCUUUCAACACAUUAAACAAAGGAGGGCUGCACAGCCGGCACUGUCCCUGGGCAUGAGCACCGCCCGUGCUGUCUCGGCUGCGAAUCUUGGGUCUCACUUUGGGAACUGCAGUUGGAUGAAAUUACCUGUGAUGUUCAUUUUAAGUUUGCAUGAAUAUUAAAGAGUGAAAGAUCUCAAGACCGCAUUAAAGUUUCAGGGUGUGAGGUGUGUCAGUGCAGUAUUAGGCAGAACUUUUUUCAGCAUUAUUCCAUGGAAAGUACAAUGUUAAUCCAACUCUGUUUCUUUCAGUGCUUGAUGCUUAUCUGUAGGUCAUCUGAGCUAGAACUACUGAUCAUUACCUCUCCUCCGGGAAGCUAGUGCCAUUAUAGGUUUGGUAAAAUAACUGUUGGUGGGUUUAGGAUAAUAAAUCUUCUCAGUUGUAGGGGACACUCAGCACACCAUUGUUAGUGCUCUGAGGUCCAUCCAUAUUUCUGUAGCCAUUUAUUUAUAUAGAUCUUUAAAACGUAAUUGCCAGUUACUUUAACAGUGUCUAAAACAUACCCACAUACAUCUGAUGGGUGAAAACUUUCAUAGAGUCAAGAAAAAUCAAAAUUAAAUUUAAAUUCUAUUUUAUAGAUCAUGUUUUACUUUUUCUAACCAGGCAGAAAGAAUGCUCAGGGAAAAGUUGUUCCAAACCAUAAACAUAUUAUAAAUUAUGUGUUUGGAAUUUACUUAUAUAUAGCUCUCUGAAAAACUUUAAGAUGCACUGUUUCUUGGUUUUUGUUUUUGUCUUCAUUUGCCUUGUAGUUGAAAUGUAUGUGUUCACAUUUAUUCAGAUACUGUACUAUGUGACCAAACAGCCCUCUUCUCAAAUGUUUAAGCAUUAAACUUAGUUUACACAUUCAGAAAUCAUUGUUUUUAGUUAGUAGUUUAGUUGGUAUUUGAGCUAGCUGUUGAUUUGAUAUUUUGUGUAUGGCUUUGCCAAAGUUUUUGAAUUUAUGUUUGGAAAUUCUGUUCCAAUAUGUAUUUGUUUCAAUUGUCUAAUACUUUGAGACUAGAUUAUACCAUAUUUAUUUCCAAAACCAAAUAUUCUGCAGUAUAUUAUAUGUAAACUGUGUUAAACACCGUGUCUUGUGCCGGUUGAAGAUACUCUCUGAUAAAAUGAUUUGGGUUUAUACAUGUGAACAGUGCUGUGAUGUGAAAAUUAGAGAAGGAUAAUGUGCUCUUUUUUAACUUGUGUAAAAUUGCAAACUGCUUCUCUGGAGGGACUGAACUGCUGAAUUGAUUUUUUAAAACCAGAA